GAUUCGUUAAAAAUAACGUUGGACUCGUUGGGUGUACUUUUUCAAAAUUUAAAUGGGGCCACUGACGACGUCCAUUUGCAACUGAGCGAUGAAACUAAAGCAUACCAGAUUCAUAAUUUCAUUUACGAUACCUAUCCAUCAGUUGUGCAUGGUAAUGGGCCUAGCAAGCUACAUUUGAAUCAGUUUGGUAAUUACAUUGGUCAGUUGAGAAGAGCGGAUUUUCCUUGCCGAAUGUGCAGCGCGGUAACUGAGAGUGCGAAGGAAAUGGAUCUACCAAAAUUAUUACUUUCAAUCUUUCUUUCCAAGCCGACUCCUUUUAUUCGCGAAUUUUUUGAAAACAUCAAAAAGCUGUCAUACAAUAGUGCGCAAAUUGACCUCUACGUAUACUGCAAUCAGAAAUUCAUGGAAAAAGAGGUAAGAAUUGAAGUUACUUUGCCAUCUGCGUUUUCAACACCGAUAAUUUCCCCUCAGAAAAUGCGCAAGAACGAUAAAAGGGAAGUUUUUUCACAUGUUAAAAUGAUAAAAAUAUGA